UACUCUGUGACAGUUGCGCGAUCUUGAGCUGCGAGCACUCGAUACUCGAGACCAUUCAGCAAAUAUUUCGGCAAUGGCGGAGGUACCCAUUGUCCUUGAUGGCGGGACUGGGUUCCUCAAAGUCGGUUAUGCAGGAACGAACUUCCCAGAUCACCAGUUUCCUUCCAUUGUCGGUCGACCAAUUCUCCGGUCCGAAGAAAGAGAUGGCGAUAUUGUAGUCAAGGAUAUUAUGUGCGGCGACGAGGCUGCUGCGGCCCGGUCAAUGCUGCAAAUAACGUACCCGAUGGAGAAUGGCAUCGUGAGACAGAGUGGAUGGGAGGACAUGCAACACCUAUGGGACUUCACUUUUUUCGAGAAACUACGCAUAAAUCCACAGGGUAGAAAGAUCCUUCUAACAGAGCCCCCGAUGAAUCCGGUUCGGAACCGCGAGCAAAUGGCAGAAGUCAUGUUUGAACGAUACGAUUUCGGCGGGGUCUACGUGGCCAUCCAAGCGGUGCUGGCGCUCUAUGCACAAGGUCUCUCCUCUGGUGUAGUGGUCGACUCAGGAGAUGGUGUCACGCAUAUCGUUCCGGUGUACGAAAGCACAGUCCUAAAUCAUCUGACGAGAAGGUUGGACGUGGCAGGAAGAGACAUCACCAGGAACUUGAUCGCACUCCUACUUCGCAGAGGCUACGCCUUGAACCGUACGGCAGAUUUUGAAACUGUUCGUCAGAUCAAAGAGAAGCUGUGUUAUGUCUCGUACGAUCUUGAGCUCGACCAAAGGCUCAGCGAGGAGACCACCACACUAGUAGAGUCCUACACCUUACCGGACGGGCGCGUUAUUCGAGUAGGGAGCGAGAGGUUUGAAGCGCCGGAGUGCCUGUUUCAACCCCACCUGGUUGAUAACGAGAAGCCCGGAAUCGCCGAGAUGCUGUUUAACAUGAUUCAGUCGGCAGAUGUGGACGUUCGUAGCAGCUUGUACAAGGCUAUUGUGCUCAGUGGUGGGAGCAGUAUGUAUCCCGGUCUGCCAAGCCGACUGGAGAAGGAAUUGAAGCAGCUAUGGCUUACUAGAGUGCUUGGGGGCAAUCCUGAGAGGCUAAAUAAAUUCAAGGUCCGCAUAGAAGAUCCACCACGACGACGGCAUAUGGUGUUCCUUGGUGGUGCUGUGCUUGCCAACAUUAUGGCAGACAAGGAGGAUAUGUGGGUAACGAAGGCGGAGUGGGAGGAGCAGGGAGCUCGAGCGCUGGACAAGCUUGGAGCCAGAUAAAUAUGACAUGUGUCUCUAUAGGCAUCCCAAAUGGCAGAGCUAUGGUAUCAAAAUAAAUUACAUCUAGGCAUGAUAGCGACAAUAGAAGACGUAAAAUCAUUCUCGAGAUGGACAGAAUGCUUCAACUUGCUCUUGCUCCUCACGCAUACCAGCCACCCUCCAUUAAACAUAUAAUUCACAUGCAGCCGUCAAUC